ACACCGAGCACACGUAGGCCGGGCAGGGGCGGCGCUCGCUGACGUCCCGGGCAGCCCCGCCUCCCUCCCGCGCUCCCGCAGCUUCCAGAAGGGCCGGAGCCCGCGGGGGGGCCGGCCCGGUGGCGCAGUCGGAAUUGCUGCGGCCGCGGGGCCCGGCCGGGGCGGGGCGGGCGGUGAUGCCCUUGUUUAUUUUUACUCGGGCGGUUCAUCCUCCUCGGCAGCCCCAGCGCGGCCCCCGCUGCCGCUCCCCGCCCCAGCUCCGACGGCGGCGCCGCCUAUAAAGCGCCGCCCGCGGGGAGCCGAGGAUGCAGCUCUACAGCUCCGUGAUCACCCACUACCCGGCGGCCGCCACCGCAGCAGCCGCCGCGGCCUCGUCGAGCUCCGCCGCCGUCUUCAAGGUCUCCUUGUCGCCGGGACCCUCCGCUGCGGAGGCACCGAGCGCCGCCGACGCCGCGGGCCCGAACGCGGCCGCUGAGAGCUCCGGCAAGGAGAGCUUCGUUCCCGCGGGGGGCAGCAGCAGCGCCGCCGCCAUGCCCGCCUUCUCGUCCUGCCUGGAGGUGAUGCCGAGCGGCCCCGCGGCGGGCCCGGCCGGGCGGCCGGCGGGCGGCCCGCAGUUCAGCUCCUGCGCGCAGGUCACCGUCAGCCGCCGGCGGCCGCUGGAGCGGAUCGUGCCCAUCCGCAUCGUGCAGCGCGCCGAGGCCGCCGGAGAGCUGGUGCCGGCCUCGCCGCGCAGCCGCGCCUGGCUGGAGGGCAUCCUGGAGAGUGUGCGGCAGGCCGGGGGCGACGGCGAGGCCGCCGCCGAGGAGCCCAGCAACCGCAGCCUGCGGCUCAGCGAGCACUGCCAGGCGCUGCAAGCGGCGGCCGCCGGUGCCCAGUCCGGGCUGGUCCCCGGCUGCGGCCCCGCAGAGCGGAGCGGGGCCCCCGCGCAGCCCGGCGGCCCCGCGCACGGCCAGGAGGAGGAGGCGGCGGGGCCCGACGUGCGGCGGGGGCCCGGCGGCAGAGCGGAGCGCAGCGAGAAGCUGGCGCUGUACCUGGCCGAGGUGGAGAAGCAGGACAAGUACCUGCGACAGAAGGGCCGGUUCCGCUUCCACAUCAUCCCCGACGGGAACUGCCUGUACCGCGCCGUCUGCAAGGCGGUGUACGGGGACCAGCGGCUGCACAGCGAGCUCCGCGAGCAGACCGUGCACUACAUCGCCGACCACCUGGACCACUUCAACCCCAUCAUCGAGGGCGACGUGGGAGAGUUCCUCAUCGGCGCCGCUCAGGACGGGGCCUGGGCCGGCUACCCGGAGCUGCUGGCCAUGGGGCAGAUGCUGAACGUGAACAUCCACCUCACCACGGGCGGCCGGCCCGAGAGCCCCACCGUUUCCACCAUGGUUCACUACCUGGGGCCCGAGGACCCGACACGGCCCAGUAUCUGGCUGAGCUGGCUUAGCAAUGGGCACUACGAUGCUGUGCUGGACCGCGUGUGCCCCAACCCAGAGUACGAGGCGUGGUGCAGACAGACUCAGGUACAGCGCAGGCGGGACGAGGAGCUGGCCAAGUCCAUGGCAGUGUCCUUGUCCAAGAUGUACAUUGAGCAGAAUGCCUGCUCAUGAGACCGCCUGGGCCGGGAGCUUUGCUGCAGGGACUGACAGAGAGGUGUGCUCGCUGUGAUGGUGAUGCCUUAAUCCUUAAUGAAGCAGCAGCACCCCAGACGGAGAAAGACUGUCGGUUGCGGGGGAUAAAUACAGACGUAGUUGUAAUAUUCUGUUGUAAAAACUUAGCCUCGGGUUAUUUGCAAGCAGAUUUCUCUGUGUAUGUUUGUGUAUCCCUUCCCCACUGUCUAUUUUCUAUAAGAAUGUAUUUUUUGCACACUAUUUUUAAACUGUUACCUCCAUCUUCUACAUCUUACAUUAGUAUCUGGCUUUCAGCUGUACAGCCAAAAACGUUUGUAAACAGUUUUUGUAAAUAAGGCUUAUGAUGUAACAGCUAUUUUUUGCUGUGUUUUUUACCCAUAAACUUUAUAUUUUUACCAAAUGAAGUUGAUGUCAAACUGACCCCCCUAGUUGAUGAAAACAUUGUGGGUAUUUUCUUGCUAAAUUAAAAUAAUGGCUUUUGUAAAAGUGCGGCAAAGUGAGAACAGACUGCUUUUAGGAACAGUUUCUUUCUCUGCCUGGAGCACAGAAUAGGUCCUUUGAGCCAGUUGGAAUGCAGCUACACAUGAACAGUGCAGGGAGCAAUUGACUCUUCUGUUUUUAAUUACUGUUUUGAGUAAACUGGCCUCUUGUUGCCUGGUUGGCUCACUCUGCUCCACUUAUAUUAUUUAUCUAUAAUAACAGAACAUUAACUUGCAAUAGAAUGUUGUGACUAGAUAAUAGUCUCCUGCUUUGGCAGUAAUUGCCGUGGCUGCACCUCAGUGUUUGUGUUCUUGUUUCUGGGGUUAUGGUGUCUUUCGUAUAAGCCCUGCUUCUUUUUUGGCACUGGUGUUUCACCAACAAGUCAUUAUCUGAUCACAACAUUUUAUUCACGUGACUUUAUUUUCUAAUCAAGAAAUCAGGAAUGGUAUUCUACAUUAUGGUUUAAAAGGAAAAAAAAAAACUUAAAUUGAGGUUUGUAUGGUUUGCUGGGUCAAACAUUUAAAUGUCUCCAAUCUGGAUUCUGUCUCUUCUACUUUCUGAUGAACUUGUUAGAUAUAUUUAUUAAGUAAUGCAGUUUGUACUUUUUUUAUUUUGUAAUAUAUUGUGAUUUUGGAAUUUAUACUGUAUUUGUAUAAUAGGAAUAUUCACAGCUAAAAUGGAAUGAAUAAAGAAUAUAAUUUUA